UCCGAAAUAAAGCGCCACUUCUCCUCUGGCACCACGAGAAGUUAAUGUGUUAUAGUUGAACUACAUCUUCCGUCUCAACGAACCAAGACGACAACCCCGCACAUCUCACCCCACGAGAGAAGCAGAAUAUGAACCAGCAGAAACACCGAGAUCUACAAUAGCCCCUCCACAACAACCGCCACCCACAAUGGCAACGACCGACGAAGCCAAAGACCGCAUCACCUGCCACGUCCUCGACACCUCGACGGGCAAGCCCGCCCGCGGCAUCCGGGUCAAGCUCGAGCUGAGCCCGACGGCCCCUCCCACGCCGGGCGGCGGCCUCCACGCCAACCUCGGCGCCGGGCACGGCAGCGCCCCGCGCGUCUUCGAGAGCCAGACCGACGACGACGGGCGCAUCAAGGUCUGGCUACCCUACUCGUCGCCCACGAGCUCGGGCGAAGUGCCCGUCUACACGCUCGACGACGUGCUCGGCGACCUCGCCGGCCCGUCCCGCUGGACCCUGCGCUUCGACACCGCCGCCUACUUCGGCGGCGACGACGCCACCUUCUUCCCCGAGGUCGCCGUCGUCUUCCGCGUCGACGACGGCCAGCGGUACCACGUGCCGCUGCUGCUCUCCCCUUACGGCUACUCGACCUAUCGGGGCAGCUGAAUCGUGAUCCGAUGUUGGGGAUGGGUGUUGGGUGUUGGGUGGAGUUGAUGGGGUUUGAUUGCGGGACACCAGAGGAGAAUAGGAAUCUACCUACCUACCUACAGGGAGGUAGGUAGGUACGUCAUGGGAGCAGGGGGAUAGAGGGGCAGCCGGAUCAACAAUGGGCAGGGAUCUCCACCUGCAACACCUGCAUGGGCUUCCCAUAUUGCCGGUUUCUGCCCAGGCGAAACAAGUUGACAAGUCAUACAAGGGCAAAUGGGCAGCUGGGGACGGUUGAGAUAGCUGUGAUUGGGUCUAUUAUUUCGGGGUUGUAACGAUCGUAGUCUAAAGAUGAAGUUUUUUAAGAGAGGGACGCCCCAUAGUUCUAGGAAGGCGGGCAACAGAGUUGCGGUUAGGGUAGGUAAUCAGGACGUCCCCAUCCAGUAGGGCAAGUCGAGACUCUCGGUGGCGGUGGUGUUGUUCCCCGA